AAAACAAUAACAGCCACAGAUCGCUUAGAUCAUACGGUGGAAAACAAAAUACUAGAACCUUCCCUUCCACCAAACCCCUAUAUCAACCCCCUCAAAUUGAGCUAGUGCUCUGCUCGUGUCAACCUUGCGCUAGGGCUUUGCCUUCAUUUCAGCUCAAGAGAAUCUGCAAAAAUGGUGAAGAAUUACCCAGUUGUGAGCGAGGACUACAAGAAGGCCGUUGAUAAAGCCAAGAGGAAACUCAGGGGUUUGAUCGCUGAAAAGAACUGUGCUCCUCUCAUGCUCCGUAUUGCAUGGCACUCUGCUGGUACCUUUGAUGUGAGUACUAAGACCGGUGGUCCUUUCGGUACCAUGAAGCACCCCGCUGAGUUGGCCCAUGGGGCUAACAAUGGUCUGGAUAUUGCUGUCAGGCUACUCGAGCCCAUCAAGGAGCAGUUCCCCGGCAUCUCAUACGCUGAUUUCUAUCAGUUGGCUGGUGUCGUCGCUGUUGAGAUAACUGGUGGGCCUGAUGUUCCCUUCCACCCUGGCAGGCAGGACAAGCCUGAGCCACCUCCAGAAGGCCGUCUUCCUGAUGCUACCAAGGGUUCUGACCAUCUUAGGGAUGUCUUUGUUAAACAAAUGGGUCUGAGUGACAAGGACAUCGUUGCUCUGUCGGGUGGCCACACCCUGGGAAGGUGCCACAAGGAGCGUUCUGGGUUUGAGGGUGCAUGGACUACCAACCCACUCAUCUUUGACAACACUUACUUUAAGGAACUCUUGAGUGGAGAGAAGGAAGGACUCCUGCAAUUGCCGACUGACAAGGCUCUUCUGUCUGACCCUGCUUUCCGUCCUCUUGUUGACAAAUAUGCCGCGGAUGAAGAUGCCUUCUUUGCUGACUAUGCAGAGGCUCAUUUGAAGCUCUCUGAGCUUGGAUUUGCUGAGGCUUAGGCAUCUGCACAUAGAAUAUCCAAUGGUGCUCAUGACUUGUCUGUUCUUUCUUGUUUCUCGGUUUCCAAGAAGAUGGUUUUUAGGUAGUUGUUGGAUGUUGUUGAAAGUUGGGCGAGCAUCUUUUGUUUGGAAGUAGAUUGAUUGGCAAAUGCUAUGGUACUUCAUAUUCUUAGAUUUAAAUAAGCCAAAGGGUUGAUCAGCUAAAUAUGCAAUUCUACUUCGUUUUUUUAUAUUAGUACAUUUUUAUAUGUUC